CCCUCCAGCGCGAGGAAACCAAUAGGCGAAGAGGAUAUGGCGGGAUCUGCCGUCAUCGCGGCCGACCAAUCACAGGGCGCGUUGGUGGGCGGCCUUGCGGAGGGCGCCGGGAGGAAAAGCGGCCGGUGAGGCCUCCCGGAGUCAAGAUGGAGGGUGUGGACUGCUCCGCGGCCCUGGGCGACGGCGCCGCCGCGUCCCCGCGGGACCUGAGCCUGGUGCCCGAGCGAAUCCAGAGGCGCGAGCAGGAGCGGCAGCUGGAGGUGGAGAGGCGCAAGCAGAAGCGGCAGGACCAGGCGGUGGAGGAGGAGAAGAGCGGCUUCUUCGCCGCCGCCUUCGCCCGGGAGCGCGCGGCGGCCGAGGAGCUGCUGCGGGGCGAGGCGUCGGCCGAGCGGCUGGAAGAGGCGGCCAACCGGCUCCAGGGGCUGCGCAAACUCCUGAACGACUCGGUUCUGUUCCUGGCGGCCUACGACCUGCGGCAGGGCCAGGCGGCGCUGGCGCAGCUGCAGGCGACCCUCACCGAGCGGCGCCAGGAGCUGCAGCCCAAGAAGCGCUUCGCCUUCAAGGCGCGGAAGAAGGAUGCUGCUGGGGCCGCCCAGGUAGACGCCGCACCUGCCGCUUCGGCGGCCCCUUCGCCGCCCUCGGCCAAGGAGGAGGGAGCUCCCGGGCUCAGCUGGGCCUGUGGCUUCUCCAACCUGGAGUCCCAAGAUUUGGAGAAGAGAGCCGAAGAGCUGCACCAGCGCGACGUCCUUUUGAGCGACCUGACCAACUGCACUGUCAGGCUGCGUGGCAAUCCCAACACCUUGCGGCUGGCAAAGGCCCGCGGCUGCAAGGUGCUCUGCGGCCCGGUGUCCACCUCUGUGUUCCUGGAGGACUGUUGUGAUUGCAUACUGGCUGUGGCUUGUCAACAGCUCCGCGUGCACACUACCAAAGACACCCGAGUUUUCUUGCAGGUGACCAGCAGGGCCAUCGUGGAGGACUGCAGCGGCAUCCAGUUCGCCCCUUACACCUGGAGCUACCUCGGGAUCGACAAGGACUUCCAGGACUCCGGUUUAGAUAGGAACAGAAAUAACUGGGACCACGUUGACGAUUUCAACUGGCUGGCCCGAAAUGUGCCCUCCCCAAAUUGGAGUAUUCUCCCUGAAGCGGAGCGGGACAUCCAGUGGGACUGAGCACUGGCCACACUCAGUGACGUCCCGUUCAGUUUACUUCAUGUUGUCACAUUGUUUAUGUUUGCGGUUUCAGGGGCUUGAAGUUGUGGAAACUCCCCUACUUAUGAGUUCUAUUAAAUUCAUGACAGAGCUA